GAAAACUUCUUUAUCUGUUGUCUAACUACGACAACAAAGUGAAUACCUUUUUCCAACGACCAUCCUGCUUAUUUUUACCUUUUUUAUAUUACUUUUUUCGAUCAACGGGCGUUUGACUAUUACACUUACAAGUAUCCGUAACAAUCGCCUUGUCAUCCACCGAAGCGUGUCCGAAUCUUGGUGUUGAUCAUCGUCUCCAUCCACAUUUGCAACCGUGCGAUUGAUAUGCCUGUGUGUUCUUGAUAUAAGACGUUCUCUGGAUUUUUUUCAUGUCAUCUUUCCGGAUUUUCUUAUAACAAUAUCCGAUUUUCCCUCGUUUACCCCAGUUCCUCAUCCCACCCCCUAUUUAUAUCGUUUAUUUAAGUCCUAUUUCAAUUGUGCCAUCCCUCCCGUUAAAAAUACCCCACACGGACACCUCGCUUUUUUUUCCCUGUGUUCUCUAUUUGUUAUUGUUUUUAUCAUGAGUUGGCAAGAGUGGCGUGGUCCACUCACGGUGACCGCUGUAACACUGAUGAUCAUAUUCAUGGCAUACACUUCACAAAUCUUCGUCUUGUGGAAUUACUUGGGUGGUCCGACGUUACACACCUUCCUCAUCCUCGCUCCGUUCAACGUUUUUAUCAUCAUGAUAUACAUCAACUACGCUUUAACCUGCCUUACCGAUCCGGGAUCCGUACCGUCGAAUUGGAUCCCAGACCAUCAUGUACUGGAAGUGAAACAGUCAACUCACAGACCACGCUUCUGCAAAACCUGCAACAACUAUAAACCGCCUCGAGCCCAUCAUUGUCGGAUAUGUCAACGGUGUGUACUCAAAAUGGACCAUCAUUGCCCGUGGGUGAACAACUGCAUUGGUUUCGCCAAUUACUGCCAUUUCUUGCGAUUACUGUUUUACGUCAACGUCACAUCGAUUUAUUUAUUCGUUCUCCUGGCGUGUCGAUUGGCACGUAUCGUGGGGGAGAUGCAUGAUUUUCAUGUUCGACCAUCUACGCAAGAGGCCGCAUUUUUAUCCAUCAACUUGGUGCUGUGCACUGUUGUCCUGGUAGCCGUUGGUAUAUUGGGUGGAUAUCAUGUUUAUUGCGUUGGCACCAACACCACCACCAUUGAAAGCUGGGAAAAAGGUCGAACUCUGACGCUAAAAAAUCAAGGAACCAUUCAAAAAGUAAAAUAUCCAUAUCAUCGAGGCAUCAUGAAUAAUGUUCGAACCGUGCUCGGUCCACACGUACUGUUCUGGUUUUGUCCGCGACGUAUGGUUGGAACGGGAUUGGACUUUCCGAUCAACGUGAAGCAUGUGAUAGAAGAAGAACAUCAAGAAUUGAACAGAUCAUCUCUCUACUCAACCUAUACUGCCCGGAGUGAGAUUGCCGAGAUGCAGUCGAUAACACAUCCACCUAGUGGCCAUACAAAGACUUUGGACGUCGUAGAAAAACUGCCACAUAUACCAACCACUCCAGGCUCCAUUCUUACUUUUGCUUCAGCGUCUACCCUUGUCGAUUCACACGCCAAAUUGCCAAUGACAAAAGAAGUGGCCGAGCCAUAGAAGCCAUCAAUUUCCAUCCUUUCCGAUUUCUCAUCCACCCUUUUCCCGCCAUCUCCUUUUAUUCCUUACCAUUGCUAUCCUCCUCCUGUUACUCAUUCACUUUUUCUUUUUCCAAUGUACAUGAUUUGAUCAUUAAAUAAUUUAUCUCUUUUAUUUUCCGCGCAUACAAAAGCUUCCCUACCUAUUGUUCUGUCUACGAUGGAUUGAUCGGGGCGGAAGGUCCGGAAAAACAUAAAUGUUUCCGAGCAUUCAACACCUACGCGCUCCCAAUUGUUUUUAUUUCUCGGAAUUAUACAGCGAAAAAGUAAAAUAAAAAAAUUGGUAUAUAAC